AUGUUCUUAGUUCUUUCUUUUUUUUAUUCCUCAUUUUUCCUUGGGUACUGGUUUGUUCAACUACAAGCCAAAAUACCUAAGCGAGUACCACUAUCUAUCUAUCUAUCUAUCUAUCUAUCUAUCUAUCUAUCUAUCUAUCUAUCUAUCUAUCACAUAACCCACUUUGAGCGCUUAGCCUUGGAGCGGCACCCCCACUUAACGUUCUAUUGUUUCUUUCCCUUCUUAUUUCUAGUCCUCUUUUCUUUCUUUCUUUCUUUCUUUCUUUCUUUCUUUCUUUCGUUAUAUCUCUACCCAUUCAUUCAUUCUUUCUUUCUUUCUUUCUUUCUUUCUUUCUUUCUUUCUUAUCUUAUAGCUUCUUUCUUACUUUUCUUCUUUUUUAUUGUCUCCGACCAUUCUUUCUUUCUUUCUUUCUUUCUUUCUUUCUUUCUUUCUUUCUUUCUUUCUUUCUUUCAUUCAUUCUUUCUUUCUGAUCUUAUCACUUCUUUCUUAUUUUCUUCUUUUUUAUUGUCACCGACCAUUCUUUCUUUCUUUCUUUCUUUCUUUCUUUCUUUCUUUCUUUCUUUCUUUCUUUUACACGAACCUCCUUCUGUCUCUCCCAAUGUUUCUCCUGUUCUUCUCACAAUCCUCUUCCGCCUCUCCUGCUAUCCUUUUCCGCCUCACCUGCAAUACUCUUCCGCCUCUCCUGUUAUCCUCUUCCGCUUCACCUGCUAUCCUCUUCCGCCACACCUGCUAUCCUUUUCCGCCUCAUUGGGUAUCCUCUUCCGCUUCUAUCCUCUUCCGCUAUCCCUCUUCCGUCUAAUCUGCUAUCCUCUUCCGCUUCACCUACAUUUCUCUUCCGCCUCACCUGCUAACCUCUUCCGCCUCACCUGCUAUCCUUUUCCGCCUCACCUGCAAUCCUCUUCCGCCUCACUGGGUAUCCUCUUCCGCCUCACGUGCAAUCCUCUGCCGCCUCACUGGGUAUCCUCUUCCGUCUCACGUGCAAUCCUCUUCCGCCUCACUGGCUUCAUCUUUAAAAUCUAUUCUUAUCUUUCUUUCUUUUUUCCUUUCUUUCUUUCUUUCUUUUCGCCAUUCUUCUAUAGCUUUUAUUCCCACUUUUUCCUUUUUUGUUUCUUCCUUUUUCUUUCUCUUUGUUUUUUCUUUCUUUCUUUUUUCUUUUUCAUUCUUUUCAAUAUUAUUCUUUCGCUGUUAUUCCCACUUCUUUCUUUCUUUUUCUUUCCUUCCUUCCUUCCUUCCUUCCUUCCUUCCUUCCUUCCUUUUUAUUCAUUCAUUCAUUCAUUCCUUUUUUUUUUCGUUUCCAACGUUUACUCUUUCCGCCAUCCUUCUUUUAUUCCCAUUUCUUUCUUUCUUUCUUUCUUUCUUUCUUUCUUUCUUUCUUUCGGUCGUUCGUUCGUUCGUUCGUUUCUUUCUUUCUUUCUUUCUUUCUUUCUUUCUUUACGCCAUACUUUUUUAGCUUUUAUUCCCACCUCCUCCUUUUUUCUUUCUUCUUUAUUUCUUUCUCUCUCCUCCUUUCUGUUUUCUUUUUUCUUUGUUUUCAACAUUAUUCUUUCUUUUUGUCUUUCUUUCUUUCGUUCCUUUUAUUCCCACUUCUUUCUUUCUUUCUUUCUUUCUUUCUUUCUUUCUUUCUUUUCGCCAUUCUCCUUUAGCAUUUAUUCCCACGUCUUCAUUUUUCUUUCUUCCUUUUUUCUUUCUUUCUUUUUCUUUCUUUUUCUUUCUUUUCAACACUAUUCUUUAGCUUUUAUUCCCACUUCUUUCUUUCUUUUUCUUUCCUUUCUACUUUCCUUCCUUCCUUUUUUCUUCCUUCCGUUUCCAACGUUCACCAUCCUUAUUUCCACUUCUUUCUUUCUUUCUUUCUUUCUUUCUUUCUUUCUUUCUUUCUUUUCAAUCAUUCUCGUCGCACCAUUUCAUCUCUUGACAGUUGAGCCAGAUAUGGCCACACCGGAUUUCAUUAAAACUGCUACCACGUCCGUACUACUCUUCCUCGUGUUUUUAAUGCUGUCCCUGAGCAGCAUCACUUCGUCUCUUUAUGUCGUUUUCCUUUUCAUUCUACAACUUCUCUUUCACAAAACCUUAUUGUGA